GUCAGUGAGUUAUGCUUUGGUGAACAUCCUAACAAUGCAACAGUUAAUAUACUGAAUAUUAAUAAUGAGAUACAAGAUAGUGCCAGAAUAUCUAAUAAUGAUACAUUCUCACAUCAAAGAGUACCAAGAUCAGUUAGAGAAGGUGGUUCAGAUAUAGUAACAUUUAAUGAGACUAAUGCUACUGCUUCCUUUAAUAUACCAAUUACAUUGGAGUGUACUGGUGAAGCUCCUGGGAAUGUUACAGUUAUUAUACAGUGUACUGGAACUGGUGUUGUAUAUACUGAUACUAUACUAGUGGAAUAUGCUAAACAACCAAUGAAUAUAACAGGAUCAGUACCAGUGCCACUAUAUCAACAGUGUAAUAUCAGUAUUGUAUUUAGUAAUGAGGCUGGUAGUAGUGAACCAUUUAUACUAGCAUUUGACACUACUCCUCUACCUAUCAGUAAUACACCAUCUCCUACUAAUACUCCAUUAGUUACUAGCACACCAGGUACAACUUCACCUAGUACUGUUAUCAUCAUACCAGUAGUAAUAUCACUGACUAUUGUUAUAAUAAUAAUAAUAAUAAUAAUAAUAAUGAUGAUAAUAGCAGUGUAUAAAAGGAACAGGAAUAGGGCUACCCCAGUAAAUACAUUACCUAAUGCAGCAUAUGAAGCUUAUGGUGAGGUAGGAGGAACAACAACAACUGAACAGCAACAACAAGUGACUUAUGAAGAAGUUAAUUAACAAUUAUAUAUUG